UUUACUGUUAAAAAAAACCACCCAACCAGGAGGGCGACAGUGCGGAGCAGAGCCGAGCCGAGAGGAGAGCAGAGUUUGCCGAAUACAUGAGACGGUUUGUCCCGGUGUCGGAAAUUAUCACCCAACAUCCUGGGAUUUUUACAUUUUCAACCAUUCAAGUGGCUGCAGGUGAAGCUGUCUCUUUGUCUUCUGUGAGAGGAGCGACUCAGACGCGACACUAACAGGAGCGGCCGGGCUGCAGCAUAGCUGAAGAUGUCUGAUAAUGGGGAGGUCGAGGACAAGCCCCCAGCUCCACCCAUGAGGAACACCAGCACCAUGAUCGGCUCCUGCAACAAGGACCCCGCCCCCCUCAACCACGGCUCCAAGCCCCUCCCGCCAAACCCGGAGGACAAGAAGAAGAAAGACCGCUCGAUCAGAUUCAUCCUGACCGGAGGAGGCGAUAAAACCUAUAAGAAGAAGGAGCGUCCAGAGAUUUCUCUGCCGUCAGAUUUCGAACACACCAUCCACGUCGGCUUUGAUGCUGUCACCGGGGAAUUCACUGGCAUGCCAGAGCAGUGGGCUCGGCUCCUGCAGACCUCCAACAUCACCAAGCUGGAGCAGAAGAAGAAUCCACAGGCCGUCCUCGACGUUUUGAAGUUCUACGACUCAAAGGAAACGGCCAACAGCCAGAAAUACAUGAGCUUCACAGAUAAAAACACAGACGCUUUCAACUCCUCCAACACAACGCAGAGCUCCAAGGCCGUGUCGGAGACGCCCGCCAUAGCAACCGUAUCCGAGGACGAUGACGAAGACGAGGCAGAGCCACCGCCGGUGAUCGCCCCCCGACCAGAACACACCAAAUCAAUAUACACGCGUUCAGUGAUCGAGCCCCUCCCUGCUCCUCCGACCAAAGAUGCCGCGACCUCCCCGAUCUCCCCUCCGACGGCGUCCGCUGCUGCUGCUGUUACCCCGGCCCCACCUGCAGAGGGAGCUCCCAGCAGCCCUCCCAGUGCAAGCCCCGCCCCUGGGCCUUCUGUGCCCCGCCCCCUGGAUAAAACCAGGAAGAAGAAGAUGUCAGACGAGGAGAUCCUGGAGAAACUACGGACGAUUGUAAGUGUUGGAGACCCCAAGAAGAAAUACACACGCUUUGAGAAGAUCGGACAGGGGGCGUCUGGGACCGUGUACACCGCUAUCGACAUCGCGACAGGACAGGAGGUCGCCAUCAAACAGAUGAACCUGCAGCAGCAGCCAAAGAAGGAACUGAUCAUCAACGAGAUUCUGGUGAUGAGGGAAAAUAAGAACCCAAACAUAGUCAACUACCUGGACAGUUACCUUGUGGGUGACGAGCUGUGGGUGGUGAUGGAGUACCUGGCCGGAGGCUCGUUGACUGAUGUCGUCACGGAAACCUGCAUGGAUGAAGCCCAGAUAGCUGCUGUGUGCAGAGAGUGUCUCCAAGCGUUGGAGUUCCUCCACUCGAACCAGGUCAUCCAUCGAGACAUCAAGAGUGACAACAUCCUGCUGGGCAUGGACGGCUCCGUCAAACUCACUGACUUCGGGUUCUGCGCCCAGAUCACACCUGAGCAGAGUAAACGCAGCACCAUGGUCGGGACGCCGUACUGGAUGGCUCCGGAGGUCGUGACCCGCAAAGCGUACGGACCUAAAGUGGACAUCUGGUCUCUGGGCAUCAUGGCCAUCGAGAUGGUGGAGGGGGAGCCGCCGUACCUGAAUGAAAACCCACUCAGGGCGCUGUAUCUCAUAGCAACCAACGGGACGCCAGAGCUGCAGAACCCGGAGAAACUGUCGACGACAUUCAGAGACUUCCUGAACCGAUGUCUGGAGAUGGACGUGGAGAAGAGAGGGUCAGCUAAAGAGCUCCUGCAGCAUCAGUUUCUGAAGAUGGCAAAGCCUCUCUCCAGUCUGACCCCUCUCAUUGUGGCUGCCAAGGAGGCUGCCAAGAACAACCGUUAGCUAGAUUUGCACUCAUUAUUUUGUCUGUCAGUCCCUCUCUCUCCCUCUCCCUCUCCCUGUCUCUGUCAGUCUCUCUCCCUCUCUCUCUCUCUCUCUCUCUCUCUCCCUCUCUCUCUCUCUCUGUCUCUCUCUUUGAUCCCUCAAACCUCUCCCUGCUCUUUCUUUUUUUAAGUAGAUGGGAGAGUGGGAUGGCUGCUGGCUGGGUUAAAAAAAAAAAAAACUUACACAACCCUACAGUCUCUUCCUUCUUCUUCUUUUGUUUGUAACUUUCUCUCCUCCUGUAACCUUUGACCUUUGACCCUGAGCUCUGCCAUACACCGCUCUUCCGAAAAAAAACCCUCGCUGGGAGGAAAAAAAGAACGGCUCUUCCUGUAACAUCUGUUGUCA